AUGCUGGAAACCCGAUAUCAAACCCUAACAAGUGGCGAGAGUAAUAUUACUGCAUCGAUUCCAGUUGUUUUAAGUUCGGAUCAAUUUGAUUGUUUCAGGUAUGGAGUGGCCAUUGUUACGAGCGAUAUUCGCUCAUCACAUUCUUCCGAUGAGGAAGAUUCCGACUUUAAAAGUCAACAAUCGGUUCGUGUUAAAAGGACAUUACUAAAGGAGAUCAUCAAACAACAUGGGACAAAGCAAGAACACUUACCAAAAGAAAGUAAAAAUCCAGUGGAGCGCAGCUUUCACGGAGUGACGAAUGCUACCAGCGCAGACGCAGCGCCCAAUAAGCGAUUUACAGUGAGAACUCGCUAUGGAAACCUGCGUAUUACUGGUCUUCGUGGCAGAAAGCCCCGAUUGAGCCACAUCUGCUUCGGCAAACAUUGGCGAAGGCACGUGAACUUAGUCAACGUGUGUCUCACCCUCCGAGCUCGACGUAGGAGGCGCUUGCGUGGUUUACGAGGAUGGCGCCCUCGACGGAUCUAUUUUAAAAAACGCUACCGCCGAGUUCACCGAUGGAAGCGGACGUGGCGUAUCCGUUUUCGCAAGCGCUUGAUCCGAGUCCGUCGCACGGGCAGGUAUCAGAUUAAGGUCCUCAACAGGUGGUGUUAUCUCAGACGCAUUCGUGGUCGGUGGUAUGUUAAAUACAGAAGAAUUUGGCGCAGAGUGAUUCGCCAGGGUAUCCGGUGGUACAUAAGAUAUAAACGCAGGCUGUACCGUCUGCGAAGAUCGCCUAAGACCUGGCGAAUACGUUUUGGCCGCCGAUGGCUACCGCUUAAACGACGUGGGAAGCGUUUUUAUCUUCUCUUGGGGAAGCGAUGGCGAAAAAUCCGAUCUCACUUUAGAUAUCGUAUAAAGUACAAAGGCCGAUCAGUUCCGGUGAAGAGGCGACGUAACAAGUUCAAGCCAAGGUAUCGUGGCCGAUGGUUGAGAUGGCGUCGAGGAUACAGGAGAAGGCCAAGUCGUCGCCGCCGGCGUCGCGGCCGCCGUUUACGAGGAAGACGCGGACGAAGACGAUUCGGUAGAAGAUACCGGAAACGGUACCGAAGAAGAAAAUACCGGAAGCGAAGAAGGCGAAGAAGACGAAGAAGGCGAAGAAAAAGACGUCGAAGACGGAGAAGACGAAGGCGUAAGAAAACAGAUUAGUAGUUUUUCAGUCCGGGGGUAGGGGAGUGGUGGUACUCUACAAAAUUUUAUACGGAGAGACUCCGUCCCAAGGUCCAACUCCUUACCCUUUGUAUACCAUUUUGCAUAUCUUUUAUUGAACAAAGGUACCCCGUUCACAUACCUAGCUACUUAAGAACACUGUAUUCCUUUUUUAAACGCUCGGAAUGAGGUUAAUGAACAAUAUUACGGGAGAACAUCAAGCAUUAUCAGAUACAGCCACAAGGUGCGUCUGUUCGAAAUAUUUUAAUUAAAGGCCCUUUUACAUACCUAAAUACCAGAUUUCCCUACCCAUUCAUUUACCUCAUCUUGUGAAAUCCCUACCCUUUUGUAUACCCGAAGUAAAAAGGUACCCCUUUCGGUCGGAGCCUCCCGUAUAAGGAAUUUUAGGGAGUACCCUCAGGGUACCCCCCUGGUUUGUCAGCUCAAGAUCAGUCUUGGUCAAAUACUAAGGGCAAUUAACUACUGUAUUAGCUGGCAUCCCUAUGGAAUCAAGCAAUUUAUUUUGCUGCAUUUCUGCACUGAUAGACUCAAAGCGACACACAAUCGGACAAAACUGUUCCUUAGUCAGGCGGCUCGAGCACGCGAGGUAUCUAGGCUUCCCUGGUGUAACUCAAAAUAAACUUCCUCCGUAAGUUCUUGGUGCAUGCUGGGGUUUUUUUGAUGUAGAACGAAGAAAACCAGCUUUUUACGAUGGUGCGUUAGUCGUCAGAUAACCCGUAAAGUAGCCGCAGAUGUUUAAGCUGUUCAGAAAUUAAUGAUAUAGGAAGAGGAAGCUUAAUUGAACAUGGGAGCUGGAAUCUAGUGGACCCAACGAAAUCAAGUGGUCAGCAGUGGUAACAUCGAUAAGAGUGAAACAGUUGAUAACCUCUUACAUUACCAAUAACUUUCGAGCUGCAAAUAGUGCAGUGAUGUCUCGCCGCAAAUAAAAGGCAGUGCAAGGUAAUGUAAACUUUGGGAAGGGAAUGCAAACGGGGGAUUUUCGCCCACUAAAUUUACAUUAGUCUUUAUCUUCUUUGUAAAAACUUCCAGAGCGACGAAGACGACGAAGGCGAAGGCGUCGACGACGACGAAGAAGGAGACGAUAUAGGAAGUAUAUCUACGUAACUGUUCGCAGUGAAGGCUUCGAAGACAGAAAGAAUGGUCGCAUACUAGCAGGACGCGCUCGAGCCUACAUCAAAGUGAACGGAAGAGAAAAAUCUCCUCGACGCCGCGGUUUCAACGUUGUUGUUCUUAACCGCAAAGGCAAGAUGAAUUAACAUAUUCUAGUAAAGAAUGGGGCUGACUUUUAUGCUUGCUUUUUUUCCAAAUACAGGCUAAAUACUACAAUAAUGAGAUUCUCGGAGUUUGUGUAUUUUUUAAACAGUAUAUGUCUCGUUUUAAACCAUCGGAGUGGGUUUCUAAUGAGUGAGUGUCAUGUAUGAGACCAAGAACAAAACAAUCGCAGCUACCAAGUAAUUAUAACUUAAACGGCGACACAAUAUAACAAGAAGAGAGCCCGUCCCAAGUGCUCAGGUAAAUGCGCAUCUUCAAAUUGCAAUUGGCCAGUUACGAUUACGGUCUAGCUUCUGACUGGUGGACAGGUGGAUGAUAUUGUUUAAACCAGCCAAUAAUAUCUUGAAGUGAAACAAAGCCAAUUAAAAGCUUGGAUUACCCAGCCACUCAUUGGGCCAUUUCCGAGUUACCUUUCAGUUGCCUUUGUGUCAAAACGACUCUUGGCGAUCGUGCGAAACCAUUCAUAUGAAAAUGUGUUCCGCCGACACGUUCAUUUUCAUGCAAAUCAAAUCAUUUUCGCAUGAAAGGUUUUGCGCGAAGACUCGUUUUGAAACAGAGGCACAAGGAACUCGCAAAUGGCUCAUUGAAAACUACACUAUGAGUUUCUUUUAACGUAUGAGAAAUGCAGUGGGAUCAGAAUUAUGUUAAAGUUGUCAUUAUAUAAGUGACAUUCGCUCACACAUUAUUAGCACGCUGAGAUUCUUAAUCGCACCAAUAAGAACUUUUCUACUAUUGUUACCAUUAUUAUUAUGACCAACCCUUUUUUUUUUACUGUAAUAGGUUAUGUCGUGCAAAGGAGAUCUUUUGACACCCACGGCAAUAGGGGGAGUGCCCGGAAUUUUAAUCGAUUUAUUAAAAGGAUUAGACGCAAGAGAAUUGUGGUUGUCGCCGCCCAAGACGAAGCGUAUCGCUAUGGUAAAAGAUACCUCAACGUUCUUCGGAGAAUUGGCGCCAGGGGAGGCCGGAACUUCCGAUUUGGCUUCAGGGGUAGUUAUGCCCUUAUUGGCUACGUUGGUCGCCGUAAGUAUUGGAUAAGGGAGACAAGCCGUCCACGGAGAAGAGGUCCCAGUUCUCUGAGUGUACGCAUCCCCAGAGGCUAUCGACCAAGGCGCAGGAGACCACGACGGCGAAAAGUGAUCAAAUACCGUGGCAGACGCUGUGUGAUUAGAACGAAGAGAAGAUAUACCAUUCGCAUUGGUAGGAAAAAGAAAGUCAUCCGAAGAUAUAAACGCAAAAUCAGAUUGUUUUUAUUAAGGAAGUACAGAAAAAUAAAGCGAUCCUACCGUGGAUGGCGCGUGCGGAUUAAGAGACGUUGGUGUCGACUGAAGAGACGGAGGAAACGCUGGUUCUAUAAGCGGGGUCGACGUUGGAGAAAGAUAAAGCGCAUCAGGCUGACCUGUCGUAUUGGAGGUAGAAGGCGGCCAGUGAGACUCAGACGAGGGAAAUGGUUUAUACGUUUGAGAAACAGGUGGAAAAAAAUCAAACGCCGCGUUGUAAGGUACAUUAAGUACAGAAGAAAGAUACGCAUUUUGAGAAGAGCAAGAAAGGGCUACCGCGUUCAGAAAAGAAAUGGCAGAUAUGGCAAAGCGAGACGCAUCAGGAUAAAGAUAUACCGGCGUCGUCGUCGAAGACGUGAGUAUCUUAAAACAUGAGAUAAUCAGUCAGGUAUGGUAACGCCUGACAAAA